AUGGAAGGUCACAAGUACAAUUAUCCAAGGGAAUUUUAUGACCAAUAUGCUCAAAGCCAAGAAAAAUCUGUAGUCAAUAAAAUGCAACAGAAAUACUGGAAAACAAAACAAACCCUUAUCAAAGUUACUGGAAAAAAGGAAGAUGAACAUGUUGUGGCUUCAGAUGCAGAUCUGGAUGCAAAACUAGAGCUGUUCCACUCUAUUCAGAGAACGUGUAUGGAGUUGCUGAAAGCAAUUGAACUGUAUCAAAAAAGGAUUUGUUUUCUUUCUCAGGAAGAAAAUGAAUUGGGGAAAUUUCUUCGAUCACAGGGUUCUCAGGAUAAAACAAGAGCAGGAAAAAUGAUGCAAGCCACGGGGAAGGCCCUCUGCUUUUCUUCUCAGCAAAGGUUAGCCCUGCGUACUCCUUUGAGCAGGUUGUAUCAAGAAGUGGAGACUUUCAGAUACAGAGCCAUCUCAGACACCUGGCUGACAGUGAACAGAAUGGAACAGUACCGCACCGAAUACAGAGGAGCUCUGCUCUGGAUGAAAGAUGUCUCUCAGGAGCUGGAUCCAGACCUUUAUAAACAGAUGGAAAAGUUCAGGAAGGUUCAAGCUCAAGUGCGACACGCAAAGCUCAACUUCGACAAACUGAAGACUGAUGUCUGUCAAAAAGUGGAUCUUUUGGGAGCAAGCAGAUGCAACCUCCUUUCUCAUGUAUUAACAACAUACCAGACAACACUUCUGCAUUUUUGGGAAAAAACUUCACACACAAUGGCAGCCAUCCACGAAAGCUUCAAAGGUUAUCAGCCAUAUAAAUUCACUAUGUUAAAGAGCUUACAAGAGCCUGUGAAUAAAUUAACAGAAAAAGCAGAAAAGGAGGACCUGCAGAUGGAGAGCACCACCUCAGAACAAGAUCAGCAGAGUCAGUUGAUUUCAUUAGAUGAGGAGAACCACACCAAGGAAUCAGACUACUCAGGUGCCAUAGAUGACUUAUUAGGCCUGCAGCCAGAAGAAAAUGCUUCAAAGGAUCCAUUUGUGAGGUCCUUGGAGGCAGAACCUGGUGAUAAGGAUGACAUGGUAUUACUGAAUGAGAUCCUCAAUGCUUCCUCCCUGGAUGAAGGGGAAUUCAGCAAAGAGUGGACAGCAGUGUUUGGACAGGUUGCACUUUCUGAUCACACCAUGAACUCUUCAGCUGGAGAUGUGGAGAACACUUCAUCAUCUGUGGCACCAACACCGUCAGGCUAUUUGCCCUCACAGCUGUUAGACCAAAACAUGAAUGACUUGCAGUCAUCUUUACAGGAACCCACAAAGAAUCCUAAAGACCUGACUGCCUGGUUCAGUCUCUUUGCUGACCUUGACCCAUUAUCCAAUCCUGAUGCUGUUGGGAAAACUGAUAAAGAACAUGAAUUGCUUAAUGCAUGAGUCAGCUGCCUAUGGUAACUCACAUUCUUCCAUUCAUCAACACUGUUUUGGGGUUUAAACAAAAACUAAAUGGGAAUUAGUAUGCUGUUGUGAAACUAUAAAGUAUGUGCCAUGAUAAUAAAACUAAAGGGAAUGAAUCCC